AUGCCCAUAUCCAUCCCGGGUCAAGUGGUACGGGCAUGGGUUGACUCACAGGUUGUACCUGAGGGUGUGCGGGUCACCCGCGGGUACAUGAUAUAUCUUAGCAUUGGGUUCCACCCAGGUGGGUACUCGGGCACUCUCUACCCAUGUGAGGCCCUACCCAAGCAUUAUAGUGAGAGAUCUUGCUGGAGAAGUGAUGAGGGACAUGGGUCUCACUGUCUCAGAGAUACCAUGGGUAGCAUGAGCACCGAUCCAACCCAUGAUCGAGCCACAGUUACCAAGGAGGUUGCGGUCCAAAGUAGCCAGAGCACCACAAGAGAAACUGAACUUAGAGGUGUGGUAGUGAGGGAGGAUAGACUUCAAUGUCCAAGUCAAGGCACAGUUCGUGCAAAACUAGUCAAGCACCUAUGGGUCCCCAAGAUAAUUGCUGCUCGUGCGCGAAAAUUGCGAGAGCAACUGCAGAGCCGAAAGACAAGCCGCAAAACAGAGAGGGGGAAGAGGAAGGGCGAGAGUAGGGGAGAGAGCAGGAGAAAGAGUAGGGGGGAGAGGAGGGGAAAGAGCAAGGGAGAGAGGAGGGGAAAGAGGAGGUCAGAUGCCGUGGAGAUCGAAGUGGCGAUGUUGGUUGUUGAGGAUGUUGGGUCGCGAUGGGAGGCAGGAUUAGAAGCAGGCUGUUGA